GACUGCGGUGGGCGGAGCUGUGUGACAGAGCGGCGUGAGAGCGCGCGGGGCAGACUUUCUCACAGUCCGUCCGCUCAGCACCGGGGGCUCAGUCACGCACACUGCAGUUAUGGGUCUCCUGUCUCAGGGCUCCCCGCUCAGCUGGGAGGAAACCAAGAAGCACGCGGACCAUGUGCGGCAGCACGGCAUCAUCCAGUUCUUAAACAUUUACCACAAACUGAAGGAGCGCCAGAAGGACGUGCUGAAGUGGGGCGAUGAGGUGGAGUACAUUUUGGUUGCCUUUGAUCAUGAAAAGCACAAGGUACGAUUAGUGCUUAACGGAGAAGAAAUGCUUGAUACACUUCAAGGCCGAGGUGAAAAAAUAAACCCAAACCAUCCUACUCUUUGGAGACCUGAGUAUGGAAGCUAUAUGAUUGAGGGGACUCCUGGCCAGCCCUACGGUGGAACAAUGUCCGAAUUUAACACAGUGGAAGAUAAUAUGAGGAAACGACGCCAGGAAGCCUCUUCUUUGCUUUCAGACUACGUCUCAAUUUGCACAAUAACUUCCUUUCCGAGAUUGGGAUGUCCUGGAUUUACCUUUCCAGAAUUUCAACCAACUCCAGUGGAACAAGGAGCCUCCAAGUCUCUCUUCUUUCCAGAUGAAGCGAUUAACAAGCACCCUCGGUUUAGUACUUUAACCAGAAAUAUUCGACACAGGCGUGGUGAUAAAGUAGCCAUAAAUGUUCCAAUUUUUAGAGACCAAAAUACUCCCACACCAUUUAUUGAAAGAUUUGCAAAUGAUCCUGGUGACGAAGGAAAAGCAGCAUUACCUGAUCAUAUAUACAUGGAUGCCAUGGGUUUUGGGAUGGGCAACUGCUGUCUUCAGGUAACUUUCCAGGCGUGCAGCAUUUCAGAAGCCAGAUGUCUUUAUGACCAGCUAGCAACAAUAUGCCCAAUUGUAAUGGCUUUAAGUGCUGCUGCUCCAUUCUACAGAGGCUAUGUAUCUGAUAUUGACUGCCGGUGGGGCGUUAUAUCUGCCUCUGUAGAUGAUCGCACUAAAGAAGAACGGGGCCUGGAGCCUUUAAAAAAUGACAAAUAUCGAAUCAGUAAAUCUCGGUAUGAUUCUAUAGACAGUUAUCUGUCUACAUGUGGUGAAAAGUACAAUGAUAUUGACUUAACUAUAGAUAAAGAAAUCUAUAGCCAGCUAACAAGAGAAGGGAUUGACCAUCUCUUGGCUCAACACAUCGCACAUCUAUUUAUCCGAGAUCCUUUGACCUUGUUUGAAGAGAAAAUAGAUCUGGACGACUCCAAUGAAUCUGAUCAUUUUGAGAAUAUUCAGUCGACAAAUUGGCAGACUAUGAGGUUUAAGCCACCUCCGCCCAACUCGGAUAUAGGUUGGAGAGUGGAGUUUCGUCCUAUGGAGGUUCAGUUGACAGAUUUUGAGAACUCUGCAUAUGUAGUGUUUGUGGUUUUACUGACGAGAGUAAUUCUUUCAUACAAGUUGGAUUUUCUAAUUCCUUUGUCAAAGGUUGAUGAAAACAUGAAAGUGGCCCAAAAAAGAGAUGCUGUUAGGAAAGGCAUGUUUUACUUCAGAAAGGAUAUUUGUAAAGCUAGUAUAGCUCCUGUUGAUGGUUGCUGCACAGCAGUUAAUGGGACAGAAGCUGAAGAAUACACUCUAAUGAGCAUUGAUACAAUAAUCAAUGGAAAGGAUGGUGUGUUCCCAGGUUUAUUACCAAUUCUCAAUUCCUACCUUGAAAAUAUGGAGGUUGAUGUAGAUACUCGCUGCACCAUCUUAAACUACCUUAAACUUAUCAAGAAGAGAGCGUCUGGAGAGCUGAUGACCGUUGCCCGAUGGAUGAGAGAAUUUGUAUCAAAUCAUCCGGAUUACAAGCAAGACAGCGUGAUCACUGACAGAAUUAAUUAUGACCUGAUAGUGAAAUGCAAUCAAAUAGCUAAUGAACAGGCGAGCUGUCCAGAGCUGCUGGGGUUUUCAACUAGAGUAAAGCAAAGUGGGAACAAAUAUGUAUGAUGGGACCUAUCGCCUAUAAAGUGUACGGUCAGUCCUGGUGGUAUGGUGACCAAGGGGCGCUGCACUUAAGGCGAUCUGAUUUUAUGUAGUGGUAGCUUCAUAAUGAAUCCGAUUAACAAUUAUACAGUAUACAUGUAAAUAGUAAAAUAUUUUUGACUAACAAUGUAUUUGGUUAACAUUGUAUUAUGUUACUGUGAAAUUAGCUUAUUUUUAUGUAUACUCUGGGAAUACAGUUCUGUUCAUUUAGUUCUACACUAAGUUACCAAUAGGUGUAUGUAAUUCAAGGUUUUAUCUUUUUUUUGUUUUUAAAGGAAUGUGUAGAAUGGCAGCCCUUUUAUAACCAAUGUACAAAAAAAAUUGGCAAGUUUCAGAACUACUAUAUCAGAUUAUAAAGUUGCCAAAUGAAGCAGGCGGGUGAAAGUCCUCUGUGCUGAAGCUAGCACCUUUUGCCCAAUGGACUGGCGUUGCCUCGGGGAGACGUGUAUUCCGUGAUUUGUCAAACCAUUUUAAUUCCACAGUACUGAUCAGCCAGAUUCCCACUCUGCAUGUUUUAGGAAAAAUGCUGCUUGGGCCUCAUGUACACAACUGUCUGCAAACCUCGGACCCAUAAAAUAUAGACGCCUUCUGUGUGCAAUCUGCAUUUUUCUCACUCCCGUUACUAGAAAUGACCCAUAGAAAUGAAUGGAUCCAUAUGCAAAAAAUGCAGAAUCAAACACAGAUACAAAAAAGGUUGUGUUCGUGAGGCCUUAGGCUUUUUUAUUUUCACAUGAGCAGUUAAAAUGACUUCAGAACUCCAGUUUUGAUAACUUGACUUGUGCUGUAGGAUUUGCCUAUAGUACUUUUCAGAGCAUGUCCAACUGACAACCUCAUUGGCCUUAAAACUUGAGUGCGUUAUGUACAAAGAACGUUAGCCUGAUUUUAUGUGAGAUUUUGUAAUAUUUAACUGUUUGUAAUACUGCUCUUAUCUGUUGUAAAGGAAUUAUAACUAACUGGUUGUUGACUGCAAGUCCAGGUUUAUUUUAAUAACUGAAUAUAAAGUGGGUUGUUACCGUUCUAUUACUUGUCUGUAUAAAUAAUAUAUAUAUAUUACGGAUGUGAUGUUUAAACUUUUAUUCCAGUAGCUGAACUUGCGAUGCUUGCCUGCUAUAGUUAUGCUAUAAAGUCUGGAGAAGAACGGUCAAUUGUUCUACAGCAUUAUUUUAAUCCUGAUGUAUAUUUAAAAAUACAUAACUGUUACCUA